CUCUCACGGUACGCCGCGGCGGGGGUGGUUCAGCCCCUUCCUGCCCGCGUAAGGGGAGCCGGGGAGCAGCUUCCUAGUGGCAGCUGCUGGGUUUGGCUUCAAGCUCGGAAAUUGCUGUUUACAAAUCUACCUCAGCUUUUUGAUAAGCAGACAUGGCUGUCACGCUGCAUACCGAUGUAGGAGAUAUUAAAAUUGAACUAUUCUGUGAGCGUACACCAAAGACCUGUGAAAAUUUCCUGGCUCUUUGUGCUAGUAACUACUACAAUGGCUGCGUAUUUCACCGGAAUAUAAAGGGCUUCAUGGUUCAGACAGGGGAUCCAUUAGGCACUGGGAAAGGAGGUAACAGCAUCUGGGGCAAGAAGUUUGAAGAUGAAUUCAGUGAAUACCUAAAGCACAGUGUCCGUGGCGUAGUUUCAAUGGCAAACAAUGGUCCGAAUACCAAUGGAUCGCAGUUCUUCAUCACUUAUGGCAAGCAACCGCACCUAGACAUGAAGUACACUGUGUUUGGAAACCAUAGGAUUUCAGUAAUUCGCAGUGAAGUUUGGUAUGGCCAGUAUCUUGCUGCAACUUGAACCUGUACUAGAACUGGUCAGUCCUGCCUGCCAGGAAGUGCAGCCAGGGUCUUUAUACAGCUGUGGUUGGUAUAAAAUAUGAUACUGUCAGGUCAGUGGGAAUUAUUUGUACUUUUUCUCAGAGUCUGUUGUGGAUGCUUAAUAAUUCCUUUCAAAAUAUGUUAUAUGCCAUGUAUAAUGUUUUGGCUGUCUUACUUGAAUCAUUUGUUUGCAAAGUCCUUGCCCUAUGAUACUUAACUGUAAAGUGCUUUGAGAUAUCCCAAUUGUGAAAUUUAAAUCAUUAUUAGAAGAAGAUUUCUAGCACUUCUGCUUUUCUUCCAGAGUUAUUGAUGGCUUGGAGACCCUGGAUGAGCUGGAGAAGCUGCCUGUGAAUGAGAAAACCUACCGACCUCUUAAUGAUGUUCGCAUUAAAGAUAUUACAAUUCAUGCCAAUCCUUUUGCUCUGUAGCCACAGAGUGCCUCAACACGUUCUUUAGAGACUGGUCAGAUCAACUGCUGGAUUAUGGGGUUUAAAGUGUCAUUAAAAAGGGUUGCUUGAGCUGGAUCAUACCUUUGCUCAUUGAAUGCAGGAUUUUCAGGAGUCGUAACAUUGUUUGGGAGUUGUCACAGAGGAAUCUUGUGCUUUAGAAGCCAGUUUUUCCAGGGUAUCUUCCAUGAUUUUGUUUUUUAAGCAUUGUUUUUAUACUUGUAAAAUAAGAAAAUACUUUUCAAAAUAUAUUUUUUUUGCAAA